AUGGCUCCCUUCGUCGAGAAGACGUUGUCAGUAAUAUUUGAUUACAGGGGUCAGCUCAUAGAAAACUGCGAGUUCAUUUCGAGUGAAGAUGACUACGUUUCACUCAUCACGAUCAAAGAGCCGUCCGGGAAGUGGAAAGCCGUGGUGAUCCGGUCAAACGACGACUCUCGCGAAGCGCUGCUCGCUGCCGGUCCUUGCGAAACGGUUCAGAAUGCCAUUGAAACCCUACACGAGAAAUCGUGCGAAGCCGUCCACCUGUACAUAAAGGCCAAUGGCUACUCUCAGCCUCGAGACCUCAAAAAGGUUGAAUUGGAAGACGACGACGACGCAGACUCGGUGGUGUCGGGCCACUCUCGUGGCUCUGAGAGUAUCGCCCUGUCAAUAUGGGACAGUUCAGAUGAGGAAGUCGAGUUGACGCCAGCCUCGUCGUCCAAGGACAAGAUCUCAGCUCCCAAGGCUAGCACAAAUUCGCGCAAAAGCCGCAAGGGCAAGGCCAAGUCAUCCGAUGCAAAGGGUGACGAUUCUGAAGAUGAGCCCCGAAAUCCCAAGCUCAUCAGUCCCCUGAUGCGGCCGCCAGGCUCCCGUUGUGCACCCCCUCCUCCCCCUGGAUGGACCGGCGGCGUCCCUCCCCCACCCCCAUGCUAUCGCGGUCCUGGCGGUGUCCCGUCGCAGCCCCCUAGCUUCCAAGUUAUGCCUCCUCCCCAACAUCUGCACCAAAUUCAUCAGCAGGCACCACUCCCACACCCAGGCUUCAGUGGUCCAGGCGGCCCCCAACCGCAACAGCAGCAACAACAACAUCAACCUCCCCCGGGUCCCCGCCCCUUGCCCCCAGGGUCUGGCAGUCCCCGCAUCUUCGACGUCCGUCUGACCAUCAAAUGGCUACACCACUCGGAACAACGCAUUUUCGAGUCCUCCCGCGCCAGUGUCCGCGCCCUGCAGGACACGGCGCUGAGCUACGUGCGCUCGCACACAUCCUCUUUCGACAACAUCACGCCCCACGAUCAGGCGCCCGCCAAGCUGUGGAACCUCCGGGCCGUGGUCAAGAAGGCCUUCUUCGGCAACGAGGCUUACGACAUGACUACAUAUCGCGGAGAUGAUCUAUCUAAGCUGUUCAAUGUCGUUAGUGCCAAUGAUAUCCCGCAAUUUGAUAUCGAAGUCGACUAUGUCCGUCUGCAGAUGCAACCCCCUAUGCCGCCUGGUCGGGUUGCGCCCCCUCCCCUUGGCCCUGGCCCAAUGGCCGUUCCUGGUGUAGUUGAGAAUGUAGAUUAG